AUCAGACCUCCUUUAAUGAAAAGACAAAUCAGACACGCUGUGGCGUUGGGUUGCUAUAGUGCUUCACCUUGCGCGUUCAUCUCCGUCAACCUUUCCUGUUCUCCCUCUCUGCAACUCUCCAGAGCUGCUGCUGCUGCUGCUGCGGUGAGGGAUUAACCAUUUCUUAGACCUGCCUGACGACAAGCUUGUAUCACUCUCUCUCAUCACAUACUUUGUCUGAAGAGCAAACACAAUCUGAAAAACCUUGACUGCUGCAGCUCCUGUCUCCUCUCACUUACUACCACACACACAUCAUCUCAGCGCUGCCUGGUCAGAGGACGUCAGUCGCAGAUCUGCAACAGGGGAGUAAAUGUCUGCAAGAGAGGACUAAUCCUGACUGAAGGUUGAAACCUUUUACUACAUCUCCAAAACCACCAGCUGGGACCAAUAGGGAUGGAGGGAGAAGGCUGUAUUCCUGGGGUAGCUAUAGAUUCAGGAAACCCCUUGCUAAAAGCAGUCUUCCUUCGUCGCCUGCGACUUACACGGCUGCUCCUGGAAGGAGGUGCUUACAUAAAUGAGAGUGACAGCCAAGGUCAGACACCCCUGAUGGUAGCCUGCAGGACCCAUCAUACUGACACCCAGAGCGCCAGCCGGGCCAAGCUGGUCCAGUUUCUUCUGGAGAAAGGAGCGGACCCCAACAUCCAGGACAAGGAAGGUCGCUCUGCCCUGAUGCAUGCCUGCCAGGAGCAGGCAGGCCCUGAGGUGGUGUCUCUGCUCUUGGUCAGUGGAGCGGAUAUUAGCCUAGAGGAUCAGUCAGGGACAUCAGCGUUGGUCUACGCAGUCAUGGCUGGAGACUGGAAGGUUCUGAAGCUGUUGCUCGACACAUGCAAGGCCAAGGGGAAGGAAGUGAUCAUCAUAACGACUGACAAAUUCCCAUGUGGCAAACUGCAAGCCAAGCAGUACCUGAGCAUGCCUCCCCUUGGUCCUCUAGAUCAGAUGGACACAAAGACAUCAGCACCUCCUGCAUCUCCCUCUGAAAUUCAGCUCAUCACCUCCCCCCAGUGCACCUCUUCUUCUUUAUGUCCCCCAAAACCUGUCUUUUCCUUUAAAGAAGCCCAGUCCUGUGGUGUAAGCUCCCAUCCAUGUUCCCCAUCAUGCCCCCAAAGGCUUGGCCAAGUGGCGCCGCACGGAUUGCAGCAGCCCCUUCUGAGGUUGAACUCUGAGCCCUGGCUAAAGAUCCCAGCGUCUCUGCUCACACAGCAGCCUCACGCAGCCUCGUCUUCAGAAAACAGGAAAGACCUCAACCUAACGGAGGACGUCCCUGUCAAAAUUCCCAUGAAUAGGGACGGGGACAACAGCACAAAUUCACCAACUGACAACUUCAAAUGGUAUGAAGGACGAUUGGCAAGGGACAGCGGUGUAGAUGGAGACGUAAAGAAUGAAUGUGCCAAACAUGCAGGACAAAAUAUAUCCUUACCAGGUCUCCUAUCAUCCCACUCUGCCUCCCAUCCUAACCUCCAUUCUGUUAACCUUGGAACAGAUUCAAUCACCUCCUCUUCCUCCCUUUCUGGUGACAAAAACCUUUGCACUCCGCUACAUCACGGCAUGGCCUCGUCAAGCCUUCAGAGCAUAAUCCAGAGGCGCAAGCUUGGGGAGGACAUCUACAGCUCUGAUCCCCAGCUAGCUGUAGACAUCCAAAAUCUCCCUGAGGAGUCCCAGCAGAGAGCACGAGACCUAAGAGAAGGCAAGAAGCUAGCUCUCUUACGCUGCUCCAGCACACAGGGCUCCAGGGAGUCACUGACCUCAGGCCCAAGCAGGAGAGUGCUGUCUGGGUAUGAGCGCAGAGGGUCUGGAGCCUUCUUGUUGGACCACAUCUCCCAGGCCAGGCCUAGAUCUUUGCCACCUCUGACCCUCAACUCAACCAUCACCCCCAUCCUUAAUGUUUAUAACCUCAGCUCCAGUGCUGCAAGUGGUUUCAGUGAGAAAGAAUCAGGCCACAAAAAAUUUCUUCCCUCUGCUCCUCCUGGGCAACCCAAAGAGCUGACCAGGAGGAUGCUGCUGAGGAGACACUCGAUGCAGACCGAACAGUUCAAAACCACGGGUUAAAAUCCAGCCAGGAGGGAAGAGACGCUUGUGUUUUUUUUUAAUGUUUUGUCUUGUGAUGUCGUGCCUGUAGUGAACUUCAGAGGCAAACCAGAUAGACAAGAAAAAGAAACAUCCAUGUCGAUGUAAUGUACAAAGUACACUUCAGUGUGCAGUGUGUUGUACCUGUGCAUGUAGCUUCAGUGUGCAGUUUUAAUGUGCAAAAUUCCUUAAAUCUGUAUCAAGAUUUUUUGGCCACUUGGGGCCAGCAGAGCAAGCGGAAAACAUCUGACAUAUUGUCAUCUUGUGAAGUUCUUUUAGCUAACGUGUUAGAAAAUUUAAAUAUUAAGUUAAAAAGUUAAAAAUAUAGCUUGCUCUUCAGCUGCCAAAUACUCCACUGUGUUCAGUUAGUCUGUGUGUCUUUGUUCACUUUUGUAGAGGCCAGAUACUGUAUUGUAUGUUUAUCAAAGCUUUAAAAAAAAAAAUGAAUAAGAAAACAGGGUUGAGGGCAGAAUUUGCAAGUUCUUAACCUAAGCAGAUGGAGCGGCACGAUGGUCCGGUGGAUAGCGCUGUGGCCUCACAGCAAGAAGUUUGCGGGUUCAAACCUUCCCUUCUGUGUGGAGUUUGCAUGUUCUCUCCGGGUGCUCCGGCUUCCUCCAAAGACAUGCGGCCUAGGUUGAUUGGUGACCCCAAAUUGUCCAUAGGCGCCUUUCGCCCUAUGCCAGCUGGGAUUGGCUCCAGCCCCCGUGCCCCUGUACGCAGGAUAAGCGGUUGACGAUGGAUGGAUGGAUGAACCUAAGCAAUAAGCUAUAAGCAGUGCAGACAUGAAUGGAACAGCAAUCUUGAUAGUAUUGUUAAUUAUUCUCUGAAGGGUUGUUAUUUCAAAAGACACCAUUCACAUUACCUAUGGUCCUUUGAUCCAUUGUUAAUAUAUAAAAUAUCAGUUUGUGCAGCUUUAAAGUCACUAUGUACAGAAUUUGAAAAUGCCUGACAUUGGCGCCUACAAACAAUCCCUUCAGAAUGAUUUAAAAGAUGCUACAAACAUUAAAAAAUUCUACACUUAGUGGCUUUAAAUCAACAGUGUUUGAGUGUUGGAAUUGUUUUCACACUCACUAUUUGCUCAAGGAGUCCCAAAUGUUUGUGUCUGUGCAAAGCCAUUGCUGGCCACAACGCUUACUGUGUAAGAAAAGCAAGAAAUAAUUGUCUAUUAAAAAGGAAUUUAUUAUAAUAAAAAAAAGGUAUAACAAGUCACUG